AUGGAUGGGAAUGACAAAUGCCAGCUGUUCAGUAAACUUCCCCUCAAAUAUGUCAGUUCAGCGAAUGUCUGCAUGACCGGUAUCGCUUUAUGGAACACCGAUACCCUUAACAAAGAAGUGAGGACAACGAUGCAGCACAAGGCUGAAUUUCAAAUCAUUGCAUCUGACACCAUGGAAAAUAAGGCCUCUGCUCUCAGUCUCUCAGGAUCCCUGAAGGCAAGUUUCCUGGGGGGCCUGGUAGAAGUGAGUGGAUCAGCAGCAUUUUUAAAUGAUACCAAGAAAUCCAAAAAUCAAGCCCGAGUUACUUUGAAAUAUUCAGCAACAACCAGGUUUGAGCAGCUGGCUAUAAGCCAUUCAGAGUGCCAGAAUAUCUCUUAUACUGCUGUAUUCGACCAAGGCAAAGCAACCCAUGUGGUCACGGCUGUGCUGUACGGGGCUCAGGCUUUCUUUGUGUUUGAUCGGGAAGUUUCUUCAUCUGAGUGUGUAGAAGAGAUACAGGGAAACAUGGAACUUAUGGUAGAAAAAUUGCCAAAAAUUUCAGGAGGAGCAAAGGGGCCUGUGAAAAUGGAGUACAAGAAAGCAUCAAAUGCUGAAAACUUCAGUUGCACGUUUUAUGGUGAUUUUGCUCUUGAGAACAAUCCAGUUACUUACCAAGAUGCCAUGGAAAUUUAUUCAACCCUCCCGAAGCUGCUGGGUGACCAUGGGGAGAAGGCCAUACCAGUGAAAGUCUGGCUGUACCCAUUGCAGCUGCUAGAUUACAAAGCUGCUAAGUUGGUGCGUGAGAUCAGCAUAACACUGAUUUUUGAUGCUCAAAUAGCAUUGGAGCAACUGACAGAAUUGGACAUGCGAUGCAAUGACAUGAUGAAAAAUCCAAUUGUCAUAACCUUCCCUGAAAUCAAAAAGAAAAUUCAGCAAUUCAAAGAUCUGUGUCAGCAACAUAGACAGACUUUCCAGAAACAACUAGCAGGAGUCUUACCCGCUAUCCGUGGAGGUGGAGUAGAGGAAGGGGCCCUGGUGGACAUUUUAAUAAGCAAAAAUCAAUCACUAUUUAAUACACAGAGACUCAAUGAAUUUCUGGAUACAAAGGAGCGAGAGAUAAAUUUAGUGGAUUCCUACCUUACUAGGCUACAGAAUGUGGCAGUCAUAUCCUCCGAGAGUGAACUAGAAAAAAUAGUACUCAGCCCUAAGCAUGAUUCUGUUGUGUCUUUCACACUUACUUCUUUACACAAGAAAGAACCAUAUUUAUCAGAUUUGAACUUUUGGCUUCGAAGAGAGUUUCUGGAGAAAAUUCAUGAUUCAGCCUCAGCCAGUUCUCCCUCUGAGAAAUCAAACUGCAAACAGUGGUUUGAGGAUGAAAAGAUAAGAAGAAAAGCACAAAAAUUGACAAAGUCCUUCUUAGACUUUACCAAUGUCAAUAAAUCUCAUGGAAACACCCAGUUCAUUGUGGCCUCUGUUCCAGAUGAGGAUAAUCCAGGAGCUUCAAUUUACCUGUAUGCUGAUGGAGAACUGGUCAGCACCAACUUUGAGCUCCCAUCAAAACCUCUCCCUCCUCUGAUUGUGUCUAAUUCCAUCAAUUGUGUGCAGCUCACAUUUAACCCAGCAGCCUAUGGCAGGGCUGCGAUAUCCGGCUAUCGGGCAGAGUACAGAAUUGUAGGGCAGGAGAAUUGGAUGGCUGUGACUGUAAAUAACACACAAGACACAUUCCCAGUAACAGGGCUAUGUCCAAACACCGAGUACCAGUUCCGAUAUGCUGCAGUGAGCAGACCAGGGCUCAGCGAGAGCAGCGACAUGAGUGAUCCUGUGAAGACUCUUCCCCCUAUCUGCUCACCUGGGAAGCCUGUAACAACUAUUGUAGAAUCAUCUUCCAUCGCCCUCACCUGGGAGAGUCCAAGCAUCACUGAAGAUGGAGUCAGUAUAAGGGAGUAUAAGGUAGAAUAUAAAGAGGAGGCUGGAGGUGAAAGAUAUGAACAGAAAGACAAAUGGCUGGAACGAAGGACAGGAAACAGAACUGGAUCUUGUAACAUUGAUGAACUGAGGCCUGAGACGCCCUACAGAUUCCGGGUAUCUGCUGUGUAUGCGGAUGGGACCUUGAGUGACCCAAGUGAGGAGAGUUGUAUCUCAACCCUAAAGAAAGGUAAACAUAAAUAA